AUGAAGAGAAGUCAGCAAGGAGAUGGUGAUGAGGGGGUGGCCGAGCAGGAGGCGGGGGAUGAGGGGCUGAGGCUGAGGAGGGACAUGGGCCUGUGGAGCGCUGUGUCCUUGACUGCAGGCUCUAUGAUCGGCUCCGGCAUCUUCAUGGCACCACAGGGCGUCUUGGUCUACAUGGGCAGCCCUGGGGCCAGCCUUGUGGUCUGGGCAGUCUGUGGCCUUCUGGCCACACUGGGUGCCCUGUGCUAUGCUGAACUGGGGACUCUGGUUCCCGAAUCUGGAGGGGAAUAUACCUACAUCCUACGAACUUUUGGCUCCUUACCCGCCUUCCUGGUCAUCUACAUGUUUGUGCUGGUGGGCAGACCGGCCACCAUCGCAGCCAUCUCACUGAGCUUUGCCGAGUACGUCCUGGUCCCCUUUUACCCAGGCUGCUCCUCGCUGCCCCAGGCUAUGCUCAAGGUGGUGGCUGCCACCUGCAUCCUGCUGCUGAUGCUGGUCAACUGCUGGAGCUCGCGGAUGACCGCCAUGCUGAUGAAUGUGUGCACGACCACCCAAGUGCUCUCCUUGCUGGUCAUCGUGGGGGGCGGUGCUGUGGUCCUGGGCCAGGGCCGAGGCCGCACUGAAGCCCUCCUGUCCGCCUUCCACAACACGUCCCAGCAGGCCGGGCACAUCAGCAUGGCCUUCUACCAGUGCCUGUGGUCCUUUGAUGGCUGGAAUAGCCUCAACCAGGUGACGGAGGAGCUCAAGAAUUCAAACCAGAACCUGGUGUGGGCCCUGAUGAUCACCAUCCCCCUGGUCACCGGCCUGUACAUGCUGGCCAACGUCAGCUACCUGCUAGUCCUCUCGCCCAGUGAGAUCCUUUCCACCGACGCAAUGGCUGUGAGCUGGGGGAACCAGGUUCUGGGGGCCUGGGCCUGGCUGGUGCCCUUGGCUGUCGCCCUCUCGUCGUUUGGCUCUGCCAAUGGGUCGUUCUUCAGCGGAAGCCGUGUGUCCUACGUGGCUGCCAGAGAGGGCCAUCUGCCCCAACUUCUGUCCAUGGUUCAUGUGCAUCGCCUCACGCCAACUCCAGCCCUGAUGUUCACCACAGCAAUGGCUUUGAUCCUGGUCAUCUCAGGAAACUUCAACACCAUCGUGAACUUCUUGAGCUUCCUUGGCUGGCUCACCUACGGAAUCACCUUCAGCUGUCUCCUGUACUUACGGAUAAAGAAGAAUCUUCCCCGACCUUACAAGGUCCCCAUCAUCAUCCCUGCCACCAUGGUCCUUGCAUCUGUCUACCUGGUGCUGGCGCCCAUCAUGGCCCAUCCCCAGCCAGAGUUCCUGUAUGUCUUCCUGUUCCUGCUCAGUGGCUUCCCGGUCUAUUUCCUGUUUGUCUACUUCCGGUACCAGCCCAAGUGUUUGCAGGUGGUCACCCUGCAUCUCCAGCUGCUCAUGGAAGCUGCUCCAACCAUGAAGAAUGCUGACUGA